GUCAUCUGGCAGCACUGUCAGCCAGCUGAUUCCGGCUAGCGAUUGGAAUAAGUAAAUAUUUUUAUAAUCCUUGACGAGAUGGUGCGUGUUGGCCUGCAGAUCUCCGCCACACUGGAGAAUAUAGAUAAGCUGGAGACCAGCCACCCCGACUACCCCUUCUUUGUGAAGCUCACGUGUACCAACUGCGGAGAUAAGUCGGACAAGUGGCAUGACAUCACCGAGUCGGAGCGCGUGGACAGGACAGGACAGACACGCAAUGCAGCCGGUUCCAAUUUCGUUAUGAAGUGCAAGAUGUGUGGGCGCGAGAAUAGCAUUGACAUCGUGGAAAAGUCAAAUGUCGCCUAUACUGCCGACGAUGCCGGUCACUUCAAGACCAUAGUCGUCUUUGACUGCCGGGGCGUGGAGCCGGUGGAGUUCUCGCCCCGAGCUGGAUGGCGCGUCUCCUCAUCAGAGAAUGGUCAGUCCUUUGAGGAUGUCGACCUGUCUGAUGACGAUUGGGUGGAUUACGACCAGAAGAAUAAUAACUCUGUGGGCGUCUAUGAGUUCGCAUCAAAGUUUAUCAAGCUUAAGAAGUGAUAUGCACAGGAGGUUUCUCGGUGGUUUCUAUAAGAGUGUAAAUUCUGAUAUCUACUAUGCCCAAAACGAGCGAUGUAAUUACUUUAUAUCAAACACAAUAUGAUUAUAUUGAACAUAGCCAGGAAUCGGUUAUGGAUAAUACCGAUUUUUUAAACUAAAACUUUUUAAAGGCUUUUGGGAACCACAAUAUUGGACAUAUCCAUAUACAGUCGAAUCCCGAUAAUUCGUAC